AUGUCCCUACUCCCCACAAGACUGCCCAGCCCCUACGGCUCUGACCGGCUGGUACGGCUGGCAGCCAGGCUCUGGCCGGCACUAUGUGACACCCUGAUCACUGUGGGGGGCCAAGAGUUUCCUGCUCACAGCCUGGUACUAGCAGGUGUGAGCCAGCAGCUGGGUCACAGGGGCCGGUGGGCUCUGGUGGAAGGCAUCAGCCCUUCCACCUUUGCUCAGCUUCUGCAUUUUGUUUAUGGGGAGAGUGUGGAGCUGCAGCCUGGGGAGCUAGGACCCCUUGAGGAGGCUGCCAGGGCCCUGGGAGUCCAGGCCCUGGAAGAAGCAUGCAGAAAGGCUCAAAGAGACAGGGCUAAAGACGUGCAGGAUCCAGGGCUGAAGAAACAUCUGGAGGAGGCAGAAAAACCCUUGAGGGAAUCUGAGCAAGAACUGGGAGGCCCUGGAGAGAAGCAGAGACAACAGUUUCUCAGAGCUGGUUGGAGAGAACAGGAACCGCUGCACAAGCACAGGCCACCAAGAGAGAGCCCUGAGGUGACAGGGGCAACGCCAGAAGGUCAGGGGGAACAGAGGAGGUCAAAGGAAGAGAAACUCAGCCAAUCUUCUGUUGGCCAUGGAGGAGUAGAUGGGAAGCCAGGAGUGGUCACAUGCUUGACAGAGAGUCCGGGGGGCUCUGAGGAAAGUCUGUGGGAGUCCCCUGGCCCCAUUCCCCCACCAGGUUCUCUCCAAGCCAGCAUCAUCUCCAGGCCCUGGUGGGCUGAGGCCCCUUGGUUCAGGGAGGGCCAGCCUGCCCUGCAGAGCAUCCUGCUGUUGCCACCCAGAUAUGGCACUCCCUUCUCCCAUAGCAACCCCAUCACUGGAGCCUGGCAGGAGGUCUGGCCUCAGGACCAGAGGAUCCCACUGCCCCUGAACCUCCAAAAAGGGCUCUGGAACCAGAACCUGUUGGCCUCCUCCAGUCCCACCCCAGGCUCGACUGCAACCUGUGGGGGUCAUGAUGGCAGAGCAGGCCCCGUAUCUCGCCAACAUCCUCCCCUGUCCCCUCCUGCUCGGGUUCGGCCCUAUUCUUGCUCUGUCUGUGGAAAGAGGUUUUCACUCAAGCAUCAGAUGGAGACACACUACCGAGUCCACACAGGCGAAAAGCCCUUCUCCUGUAGCCUCUGCCCUCAGCGCUCCCGGGACUUCUCCGCCAUGACCAAGCACCUCCGUACGCACGGGGCAGCGCCCUACCGCUGCCCUCUGUGCCUAGCCGGCUGCCCCAGCCUGGCCUCCAUGCAGGCUCACAUGCGUGGCCACUCGCCCAGCCAGCUCCCGCCAGGAUGGACUAUUCGCUCCACCUUUCUCUAUUCCUCCUCUUCUAGGCCAUUGCGGGCCUCCACCCUCCCCUGCAGUCCCCCUUCCUCCAUCUGA